AUCGGGAAGCCUCAGGGUCUGAAGCUCAUGAAUCUCUGGUGGGGAGGGGGGGAGUGCAAGUCACACGUAGUUAUAGUGCUGAAGGGGGAAAUAAAAAUUAGAAUAUUCUGAUUGGUUUACAGUGAUUAAGGUCAGUUAAAGGCAGAAUAAAGAGAAGCAUGAUUUUUAACAUUGGUUGCAUUAAUAUAGCUGGAAUACAUUUAUUGGCUUAAAGACAUAAUUGCAAGAUAUGGAGGUUACAGAAGGGGUUUCAUGACCAGUUACAAAGCAACAAAGUGAUGGAUACUUUCAGAAAUGGGUUGUUAAACAUUACCUUUCCCAGAGUGUCACCUCUCCAGAGGAGAUCAGAAGCAAAGAGUUUUGAUGGGGUAUUGACAUUCUUAGCCUGACUACAAAGAAAAUUAUUUCCUUAAUAAUAGGUUUGGUUCCUAGGAACCAGAGUUUGAAUCUGUUUGAAAGGUGAAACAGCCUUUUAGGAUUUAGUUCAGCCAUUUUACUUCAAGUUAGAUGCCUCUUUUGAUUUUAUAUCCCACAUCAAUAUAUAACAUUUUAAUCUUAAAUAGUAAAAUGAAUAUAUUCUAUAGUGGUGAAAGAUAUAAAUAUAUAAAAUGGAAGUGUGAAAGUACUUGGAAAAAAAACAUGGGUAAAUAGUUUUAUAAUCUUGGAAUGGAGAAAACUUUUCUUAGUAUGACUCAAAAAUUAACCAGACAUACCUAAGACUCCUUGGAGAGGAAGGAGAGGUGAGAUUUUCUGAAAUAGUUGCCUUACCCCUUCAGGUUUUCUUACCUUGAUUCCUGAUGCCAUCAUGUGCUAUGCCUUCUCCCUCUACUUGGAAAUUAUUCCUUUCUGUUGAAGGACUCAAGACUUUAUUUUAAGAAGAAAAGCUGUCCUUCCCAUUCAUCUUCCUUUUCGUCAUGAUACAGUUAUUCAUUUGUUGGAUAAAUAUUCAUGGAUUGUUUACUGUGUGCCAUGAACUCAAACUUGGGUGGUACUAAUAUAAAUUAAUAAAGUGAGUAAAGACAAAAUCUAUCAAACAUAAAAGAAAGAUUUUACUAAAUAAUCAAGAAAAUAGCAGAAAACGCCAUGAGCAAAGUCAAAACACGUUAAUCUAAGGAAAAAUAUUUGCAGGACUAAUUCUCUUAAUAUACAAGAAUACAAAUCAUUAAAGAAAGCACAACUCUGUAGAAAAAGGGUUAAUGAUGAAGACAGACACUCAAAUGGCUAAUAAACAUUUGUAAAGGUUCUCUGGGCAUCACCCGAAGUUAAGUACUGCACACUAAAAGGUUUCUCACUUACAGAUUGGCAAAGGUUAAAAUGUCUGAUAAUACUUAAUGUCGGGAAGAUGGGGCAUUCUUAGGCAUUAUUGAUGGGACAUAGAAAUUAAUAGACCUUUUUGGAGAGAUAUUUGGUAACAGUGGUCAGUUUUAAAAGCACAGACCUUGUGAACCACCAGUUUCACUGCUAGGAACUUAUCCUGCAGAUUCAUUACAUAGCUUACCUUAAAAAAAAACUCAUUGCCAUUGAGUCAAUUCUGACUCAUAGUGACCCUGUUAGUUCACGUCUUGAAAUAAUUAUUCGUCAGUAUUUAGUAAAUAAUGGCAUAUCUGUACAAUGCAGUACUAUAUAGAUUUUUGAAUAGAAUAAUGAGGAUUUAUAUAUGUUAACACAGAAGGACAUCUAAGACAUAGUAAAAGAAGCAAGUUGCAGAACGAUAACGUGAUCUUAUUUGUAUGUUAAAAUAAAUGUUGUAUAUGUACUUAAAUGAAUGAUAUCAUUUAUAAGGAUCAGCACAAAGCUGGUUCCACUGAGGCAGGGGUUAAAGAUGUCCCAAAUGUCCAACUUUUCCAAACUGCAGUACCACUCCAUCAUCUCUAACAUCAUCUACUCUGCCUCCCUUCAGUACUCUCCCUCUGAUCUUUGGGUUCAGUAAUGUCUCACAGAACUCACGUACCAUACUUACAGUUAAAUGCUUUAUUAGGGAAGUAACAGGGUAUAACUCAGGAUCUGUAACAACUCAGAAGUAACAGGAACAAUCAGGAUACAGUUCUUGAUUAGAACAGCUUCUGCUGGCCCUCUUUACUGGGCCCUGCUCGGGGCCUUGUCAGGCAUGUGUUAACAGCCCUCAGCUCCAUGGGUCGGCAAGCCCCACUGUAGCUGUCUGGCAUAGGUCUCCUAGUUCGUGCUGUCUCUCCCUUUUGCUACUUCUAUGCUGUUCUUUUGUUGUCUUCCGUGUUACACCUCUUGCCUCUCUCUCUGUGUCUCUUCAAGCCUAGCAGUAUGGCAAAACUGACCAAUCCCCUCAUUAGAGUUCCAUACACGUUAUUCGCAUGAUCCCAUCCCCAUGCACCUUAUUUACAUUAGCAGCAACUGUCCAAUCCCCUUGGUGGUCCACUUAUUUGCAUAGUCCCAUCUGGACCUUGUGUGGGAGCCACAAAGACAGUGGCUAGAAGGACCACGUUAAGUAAUUCACUGCACCACAAUAUUUACAUGCUUGUGUGUAUAUGCAUUGGAGCCCUGGUGGUGCAGUAGUUAAAGAGCUACACUUGCUAACCAAAAGGUCGGCGGUUUGAAUCCACCAGUUUUUCCUUGAAACCCUCUUGGGCAGCUCUACUCUGUCUUAUAGGAUCACUAUGUGUCAGAAUUGACUUGACGACAGCAGGUUUCAUAUAUGCAUUACAAAUUCUUAAAGGAUUCGCAAGUUACUAUUACAUGUACCUACUCUGGGAAGUAGAAUAUCAGCUACCAGUGAGAGAGAGAAACUUUUACUUUAUAUUCUUCGUUGUUUGAAUUUUUGUUUAGUGUUGUUGCUAUUGCCUUCAGGCCAGCCCUGACUGAUGAUGACCUAUGUAUAAAAGAAUGAAACUGCCCCAUCCUGCACCAUAUUCAUGAUCACUGGUCCAGCACAGAAUCAAAUGCAGGUUUCACCUGGGUAUGGAUUGCAUCCUCAAAACUAUGUUGCUGCCUCAGGACAUUACUCUCAAGGACCUGGGAAAAUGACCUCAUUACCAUCCGAUAGCCAGUGUGGUGAUUACUACUCUGGUCUCUAUACAGUACCAACACAAAAUGUGGUGACUCUUACCACAGUGAGUCAACAACCAGGAGCACAGCAGAUGUAUGGCAGGGGCUCUCCUGCCCCUCAUAUUGUGGGAUCCACUUUGGGAUCUUUCCAAGGUGCUGUAUCAUCAGCAUACCAUUUGCAUACGAGUGCCUCCCAGCCAUACUCUUUUGUGAAUCACUACAAUAAUCCAGCCAUGUACUCUGCCAACUCUUCUGUUGCUUCUCAGGGAUCUCCCUCUACUUGUGGUCAUUAUGCUAUGUCAACUGUUUCUAAUGCUGCGUAUCCUAGUGGUUCAUAUCCCUCUCUGCCUGCUGGUGAUCCAUAUGGGCAAAUGUUUACCUCACAGAAUGUUCCUACUAUCAGGCCAGUUAAAGAUAAUUCAUUUUCUGGUCAACAUACACCUGUCAGUCAUCCAUCGCCACUUCCACCUCCACCAUCACUACAGCACCACCAGCAGCAGAGUCUUUCAGGAUACAAUACUCCGUCGUGGUCAGCUCCAAGCCUUCAGUCAACCCAAGACAAUCUCAUCCGAAACCACACUGGAUCCUUGGCUACAGCCAGCAACAACCAAACACAUACUGAUUCUUUAUCCUGUCCUGUUAUGCCAAAUGUUCAGCCUCCCAAGACCAGCCCAGUAGUAUCCACUGUUUUGUCAGGAACCUCGUCAACAAGAACACCUCCUGCUGCAAAUCACUCAGUUAAGCCUGUGGCCACUGUCACACAGCCGUCAGAGCUACUACAACAGAAAGGCGUGCAGUGUGGUGAAUAUGUUAAUAAUCAAGCUAGCUCGGCACCAACUCCCUUGUCAUCAGCUUCCGAUGAUGAGGAAGAGGAGGAUGAGGAUGAGGAAGCAGGUGUUGACAGCUCUUCUACCACAAGCAGUGCUUCUCCAAUGCCCAACAGUUAUGAUGCCCUAGAAGGAGGCAGCUAUCCAGAUAUGCUUUCUUCAUCAGCGAGCAGUCCCGCUCCUGAUCCUGCCCCUGAAACUGAUCCUGCUCCAACUCUGGCCCCUGCUGUUCCCCAGCCCGCAAAAAUGACUAAACCUUUUGGCUGUGGUUAUCCCACUCUUCAGCCUGGUUAUCAGAAUGCUACAGCACCACUUAAUUCUGGAGUGCAGUCCAGUCACCCAAUGUAUUCUGGAUUCCAACCGUAUACUCAACAGUAUCCUGGAAUGAACCAGCUGUCUUCUAGUCUAGGAGGACUGAGUCUUCAGAGUUCUCCACAACCAGAAAGCUUGAGACCUGUAAACCUCACUCAGGAGAGGAAUAUAUUACCCAUGACUCCUAUUUGGGCUCCUGUACCUAAUUUGAAUGUAGACCUCAGAAAAUUAAAUUGUAGCCCAGAUUCAUUUCGGUGUACUUUGACAAAUAUUCCACAGACACAGGCUUUACUGAAUAAAGCUAAACUUCCUUUAGGAUUGUUGUUACAUCCCUUCAGAGACUUAACGCAAUUACCGGUGAUAACAUCGAAUACCAUUGUGAGGUGCCGAUCUUGUCGAACAUAUAUCAACCCUUUCGUAUCCUUCAUUGAUCAGCGUAGAUGGAAAUGCAAUUUGUGCUAUAGAGUUAAUGAUGUGCCUGAAGAAUUUAUGUACAAUCCCCUUACUCGAUCAUACGGUGAACCUCAUAAACGACCAGAAGUUCAGAAUUCAACUGUGGAGUUCAUUGCCUCUUCAGAUUACAUGCUUCGUCCUCCUCAACCUGCAGUUUACUUGUUUGUUUUAGAUGUGUCUCAUAAUGCAGUAGAAGCUGGAUAUUUGACAGUUUUGUGCCAGUCACUAUUAGAAAAUCUAGACAAGCUUCCUGGAGAUUCAAGAACAAGAAUAGGAUUCAUGACCUUUGAUAGCACUAUUCAUUUCUACAAUUUACAAGAGGGAUUAUCACAGCCUCAGAUGUUGAUUGUGUCUGAUAUAGAUGAUGUUUUUCUGCCUACACCAGAUAGCUUACUUGUGAAUCUAUAUGAAAGCAGAGAGCUUAUAAAAGACUUACUGAAUGCAUUACCAAAUAUGUUCACCAAUACAAGAGAAACGCACAGUGCCCUUGGUCCUGCGCUUCAGGCUGCCUUUAAAUUAAUGUCUCCAACAGGUGGCCGUGUGUCUGUAUUUCAGACACAGUUGCCUUCCAUUGGUGCCGGACUUCUGCAGUCCAGAGAAGACCCUAAUCAGAGGUCGAGUACAAAGGUUGUACAGCACCUUGGCCCUGCAACUGAUUUUUAUAAGAAACUUGCUUUAGAUUGCUCAGGGCAGCAGACUGCAGUGGAUCUGUUCCUUUUAAGUUCACAAUAUUCCGAUCUGGCUUCUCUAGCUUGUAUGUCCAAGUAUUCUGCAGGGUGCAUCUAUUAUUAUCCAUCUUUCCACUGUACUCACAAUCCUUCACAAGCAGAGAAGUUACAAAAGGACCUAAAACGUUACCUCACAAGAAAAAUUGGAUUUGAAGCUGUUAUGAGAAUAAGGUGUACUAAAGGUCUUUCAAUGCACACUUUUCAUGGAAACUUCUUCGUUCGUUCCACUGAUUUGUUAUCCCUGGCCAAUAUCAAUCCUGAUGCUGGAUUUGCGGUACAGCUAUCAAUUGAAGAAAAUUUAACAGAUACUUCUUUAGUGUGCUUUCAAACAGCCCUGUUAUAUACAUCAAGCAAAGGUGAGCGGAGGAUUAGAGUACACACACUUUGUUUGCCAGUGGUAAGUUCACUAGCAGACGUGUAUGCAGGAGUGGAUGUACAAGCUGCCAUCUGCCUUCUGGCAAAUAUGGCUGUGGAUCGAUCAGUUUCAUCAAGUCUGUCAGAUGCAAGAGAUGCCUUAGUGAAUGCCGUGGUGGAUUCGUUGUCUGCGUACGGCUCGACCGUCUCCAGUCUACAGCGCUCCGCGUUGAUAGCACCCAGCGCCCUCAAGCUGUUUCCUCUCUACGUUUUGGCCCUUCUCAAACAGAAAGCAUUUAGGACUGGUACAAGCACACGCCUGGAUGAUCGUGUAUAUGCCAUGUGCCAGAUAAAGUCACAGCCACUUGUUCAUCUAAUGAAAAUGAUUCAUCCCAACUUAUACAGGAUAGACAGAUUGACAGAUGAGGGUGCAAUACAUGUUAAUGACAGGGUUGUACCUCAGCCACCUCUUCAAAAAUUGUCCGCAGAGAAGCUGACAAGAGAAGGUGCUUUCCUUAUGGACUGUGGCUAUACUUUUUACAUUUGGAUUGGAAAAAGCUGCAACAACAACUUCAUAGAGGAUGUGCUUGGAUAUCCUAAUUUUGUAUCAAUACCACAGAAAAUGACGCAUCUUCCCGAGCUAGAUACACUUUCAUCGGAAAGAGCUAGAUCCUUUAUCACUUGGCUUAGAGACAGUAGACCAUUCAGCCCAAUUCUGCACGUAGUAAAAGAUGAGAGUCCUGCUAAAACGGAAUUUUUUCAACAUUUGAUUGAAGACCGGACAGAAGCUGCAUUGUCUUACUACGAAUUUUUGCUUCACGUUCAGCAGCAGGUUUUUAAGUGAAGUGGAAUAAAAUUGAGUAAGAAGAGAAAGAUCUAUAACAUAGGUGAAGCAUAAUCUGUCAGAGAAGCGCAUAGGAAAUUUGAAAGGAAGCCGUUUGUUGUUAUCAAGACACAGUGCGUAGCACCCUGUCUGAGGCUUUGGCAAAAGGUAAAGGGGAGGAAAGAAUUUGACAGAUUUCCUUCAGCCUAAAUUAAUGGUAAUGAUGAUGCCUUUGCACCAAGUAUAUUUGAAUUGUUUUAUGCACAUUUCCAGUAGUGCAGCAGUACAGUGCUCUGUUCAUUGCAAGCUGGCAAAUUUAUGUAGCUACGUGGAAUGAUAUGUCAUAAUGUACAAUUAGAUCAAUUCUUUUUUCUUAUAAUUGAUAACGACAUUUCUGGACUUGAACUCUGACAAGAGAUGCCAAAAGGCAGUGGUACCGUGUUACUUGUUUUUAUGAAUUACUUUUUAACAAGGAAUGAUUCGUAUUCAUUAAAUGAAUUCAACAUUUUCCCUGUAAAAACAAUAGAGUUUCAGUACAUGAACUAUAGAAAAAAAAAUAUAUAUAUAAUGUACAUAAAUGUUACAUUUGUAAAGAAAAUGUAAAAAUGUAACUAUACAAUAUGAAUUGCUUAAACUGCUGCAUUGUUGGGUGACAACUUUUUGUCACAGUUAGAGAAUGAAGUUGACUAAUACGUAUUAUGAAUUGAGUCCACAAAAGAAACACAAAACUCUUUGUAAUUCUGUUAAAUCUUUUAUGUGGAUUUAUUUAUGAUCAGCCUACUAAUUAAAAAUAUUUUGCUUGACAAUAUGGUAUGUUUUUUUUUGUUGAGGUUGGUGGAAUUUUUUUUCUAAUAGGAUAUAUUGAGUUUACUUAUAGGGCAGUUCUACUCUGCCCUAUAGGGUCGCUAUGAGUCGAAAUCGACUCGACGGCACUGGGUUUGGGUUAUGUGGGGUUAGGAAUGAGAUUGCAUUCAUCAGUUGGUAAUAUAUGUGAAUCGAUACGUUUUCAUUGGUUUGUGAACAUUACCAAGCAUUAUUCUAUUUGAAUUCGAAAAACAAGUAGCAACUUUCAAAACAGAGUUUAUAACUGAUUUAUGUAAGUAUAAUCCUAUAUAUUAGGUACAUAUCUAUAAUCCAUUUAUAUUAGGCAUUUUUUCUGCAUACUGAAUUAUAAUAAGAAAAUUUUCAUAAUGUGUGACUAAUGCAUUUAAUUGACUUUAAGAAUACUGUCUUGAAUUUUGAGAGUGAUUUUAUUCCAACCAAGGAAUCUCGUUUACUAAUAGCUUACUUAUUACGAAAACUUCUAUUUUAUUUGGUAUAUUAUGUAAGUCCUGUCAAUGAACUUUGAAAGGAAAAAGGUUGUUGGUGUGUGCGGUGAGUGAUAUUCACUGGAUUUGUGCUUUGGUGAAUCUCUUUUCUUCGGAUAAAAAUAAAAGUCCUCUCACAUUCUCUGAUGGAAAUGAGAGGUUAAAUGACUCACCCUAAAUGACAUUACUAAUUAGUGACAGAGCUGAUACUAAAAGCCAAAUGUUCUGCCCACCCACCACCUACUCCUUCCACCAUCACCCUUUCAGGACUGCACUUGGCCCUGUACAAUGCUGUCUCCAGCAAGGGAGAAUUGCAUUCAAUGUUAGGAGAAACUGCAAUCCUUUAAGGACAACCAAAUGCUAAUUUUACAAUGAAAAGUAUUUAUUUCUACUUUAAGGAAGACAAAUAUCUUUUAUCUUUGGAUAUUUUCUCAUUCAUUCAGUAAAAAUUUUACAAUGAAAAGUAUUUAUUUCUACUUUAAGGAAGACAAAUAUCUUUUAUCUUUGGAUAUUUUCUCAUUCAUUCAGUAAAUAUUUAUAAGCACUUAAUAUUUGCCAGAUAUUGCUGUAGACACAAAACAGAAUCCUUGCUUUUGUGGAGCUUACGCUCUAGAGUGAGGGUGUGGAGUGCUGAGGAGAGAUAAUAAAUUUAUAUGUAUGUCAGGUAUGAUGAAUGCUAUAAAGAAAAAAUAAAGCUGGUCAAGGGAAAAGAGUGCUGCUUUUGACAGGAACCAGCAAAGGCCUUUCUGAAAAGGUUAUAGUUGAAUAGAGACCUGAAGCCUUGUGAAUAUCUGAAAGAAGAGCCAGUCAUUCAAGCAGGGGCACUUUGUGGUGGGUGAUUGUAGAUGUUAUUCUCUAAUUGCUGUUGUUUUUUCUGUGAAAGAAGUAGUGGGAUUAUCAGCUAAGCAAGGGGAAGGCGUGUUAGAGGUUUCAUGAAAUAGCCUCCUAGGAGAAUGAGAUACUGAAUUGACUAGUGGCAUGUAGGAGGAUUGGCAGACAGCACUGAGGGCCUGUCUUUGGAUUUGAGUCUUUGAAUUUGAGUCAUGUGCCUUUCUCCUGUAGCCACAUAUGACUGCUUGGUGGACAGUUGGAUUUAACCAGGGUUGAGGUUUUGCCAGGUGGUACAAAGAUAGAGGAAAAAGGGAAGUGAAGGUGUAUAUAAAGAAGUGACUAUGUAAUUUAAGUAAAGGGACACAAAUGGGUGAUGGGUAGAGAAAAGGUGGUAGAGUUAUUAGUUUGGAGAUCCUGUUGAGGUAAAAGAACUACUAGUGUGGAUACCAGUGGUGAGCUGGAAAGAUAAGAACUGGUGGACAGGAGAUGGAAUGGUUGAAAUUGAGAUUUUAGGGAAGCUUACAUAUUGGUAAUGACAAGAUCUAGCAUGUGACCGUGGGUGUGGGUGAUUGAGGUGGUGUUAAAGAUAACUGGAGGUGAGCAGGUCCAAACUUAGAUCCCAGGUUUUUUAGAUGGAUCAUCUAUUUAAUUAAGAUCACCAUGAAAAAUGACAGGAGUAGGGUGAAGAGAUGGGAACUAAGAGUAACUGCAGUAAGGAAGGUAGCUGGAGAUAUGCCAUGGUCUGAAGGACCUGGGGUAGGAAAGAAGAAAGAAUAAUCUGGAUAUUACAAAUGAGAAGCAGGAGAAUGCCUGUCUGGCCUCCAGAGCCAAGAUUUGUGGAUUUGGGGAUAAAAAAUAUCCACCCGUUUAAAGGUUUGCAAGGGAGGCGGCAUUCUCAGAAGACAGCCAGGUUUCUGUUCACGUAUGUAGUGACUGGCAUAAACAGGGAUAUAGGCUUGAUGAUUUUGAUUCUGAUGGGAGGUGGAUGAUCAGUUCCCAUCACUUCCUUUGUGGGACAAGUCUGGGUCAUUUGUUUUGUGAAGCUGGGAGUCUGAAUGAGAGGUAGGGGUAUGCUUUUGAGGAGGUCUGUGAGCUUCCUUUUCAGUCCAUUGAAACUGUCAUUAAAGUCAGUAAGUAGUACUUAGUGUUGGGGGUGGGGAUGGGAGCAGAAGUUUCUGCGAGAGCUUUUUGCAUAUACAUCUAUAUCCUCUCAGAUACCACUUGGGUAUGAGUUGAUCAAAGAUUUGUAUUUUAAAAGAGUAUCCCAGAUGAUUUGAAUAACCUCCUACAACCCCUAUUAGAACCAUUGUUUAAUAAACCCUUUGCAGUCAAAUCAAUUCUGACUCAAAGCGACCCUACAGGACAGAGUAGAACUGCGCCAUUGGGUUUCCAAGGAGCAGCUGGUGGGUUCGAACUGCUGGGCUUUUGGUUAGAGCAAAGCUUUUAACUACUGUGCCACCAGGGCUACUCAUUGUUUAAUAGGAAUACACAGUUUGACUUGCAGAAAUGUUAUUUAUGUACUGCUUUUAAGGAUGUACCUAUGGGACAAGUAAAAGUGCAUCCGUGGAAAGAGAAUUCUAAGCAUUAAUGCCUGUAUGUGUGCUAAAGACAGUUUGAUAGCCAUUUGUGGAUCUGACUCUGGGCAACUACUGAGACUGUGAAAUGCACGUAUUGGCAAAGUGUUAUGUUAAGAAAACCAUGAGACCUCCUGUUCAAAGUAGCUUCUCAUUAAAAUACUUUUGAAGACAUAAAAAAGACGAAAACUCACAACAAAGCUGAAAACAACGCUGUAGACAUUAUCUUGAUAGACUCGCUAGUAACUGAAAGAGUUUAAGAAAAAAGCACUCAAGCUUUGGUACAUGAAACAGAAGAGACCUGAAAAAUACAGAUUAUGAUUUACUCAUCCUUUUUCUCUGAGUUCAGAGAGAGGAUCAGCGUCAGUUGGAAAAAUGGGUAUCCUCAUCCUCCAUGUCUUAUAGUACCAAUUAGAAAUACCACUUAAUACAAAACAAGAGGGCAGAAAGCAUGUGUAUAUUGCUUGAGCCCAGAAGGUAACCAUGAUCAGGGGACACAGAGGCUAUGAAUGCAUUGCCUUCUGAUGGGACAUGAGCUGGUCCAGAAAUGAAAGCCCUUUCUUUAGUUCCCAUUAGUAAAUAAUGCACAAAUCUGUAGAUUGAUAUUUUUUUGGACCAAUAAGACUUGCUUACUAAUAACCCACUAAGUGAAUCAUUAAAGAUCACUAAAAUUUGUACAAAUGAAAAUCAGUGUUUCAUUAGAGUUUACUUGGGACUGACUCUACUCUUCUAAGAAAUCUGGUUCCCACACUCAGAUAGUCUGUCAGACAACUGGCAGAAACUACCUUACAGUCAGUAUUGAGACAUUUUCUCAUGAGUCUGUCAUCAUUGUUGGGAGAUGUUCAUGGUUUUUGCUGGUAUUUUUGCUUUCAUGUACAUGCUUUUUUAGCAUAAUAUUAAAUUGUAGGUUAAUUCGAUUUGUGUGUAGCAAUAUGUAUAUAUAUGCGUAUAUUUGUACUAUAUUUUUCUAGUUUUCUAGUAAAUAGAUUUUUAAAUAUAUUUUUGGUAGAAGUAAAAUAAUUAUAUCUUCAUGGCUAAAACAAAUAUGCAUAAUCUACCCCUUUACCUUGCUUGUAACACUUUAUUAAUGAUAUAGCUAGUAAAUAAUGUACUAAUAUUAAGUAACUUGUAAAUACAAUUAAGGUAAGUGCAAUAUAAUUACUGGGUUCUUUUAAAAUUAAUAAGCUGUGGUUUUAUAAUAUAAAAUCGUGUUUAAGCUCAUUCUUCUCUAAAAAUAAAUAAUAAACAACUUCUAUAUGUUCCCCUCAGUUCUUUAUUAUUGAGUUAUUUUUGCACAGAAGUGAGCGCACUGGCUACAGAUCAUUGUGAACCACUAGAAAAAAAAUUGAUGGGCAAAGUUAAAAAGUCCAUGAAUAGACUGAGUUUAUUGUAUGAUAAAGGUAGCAUCUUGUAUUAGUAGGGAAAGGGUAAAGUUUUCAUAAUGCUGGAACUUGUUAACCAGUUGGAAAAAUAUUAAGAAAGAUCCCUUGGUUAUAUCCCACAACUAAAUAAAUUCCAGAUGCAUUAAAGAUUUAAAUGUUUAAAAAAAAAAAAAAAGGAAGAGAACAAAACCAAGAAGUUCUAGAAAGAAAUGAGAUGUAUUUUUCUGUAAUAUUAAGGUGGGAUAAAAUCAUGUUGAGGAAUCUUUUCAAAGAAUGACCCCAGAUUUGAUUAUGUAAAACUGUCGUAAGUCAAAAUCUGUAAAUAAUGACCUGGAAAAAAAUAAUUGGGAUGUAUAUGAUACACAAAAAUUCAGACUAAAAAAAAAAAACACUAAAAG